UCUCCCUUCGCCAUUGCCGUACACAGACAAAAAGCAGGGCCAAAGAUCUGCUCUGUUCUGUGCCGCUGUGCGCGCGCGAGAGAGAUCAGUGACCGGCGGAAGCAUCCUCAUUUGCUUUCGCAAUGGCCCGCUUCGCCCAUCUUCUCGUGCUCGUCUCCUUCGUCCUCGCUUCCGGCGCCGCGGCGGCGGCGGCUGGCGGUGCCCACCGGCGGGAGAGGUCGUCGGCGCGGCUCCAUCUAGAGCGGGCGGCGCCGGGCGCGACGAUGGCGGAGCGCGCGGCGGACGACCGUUUCCGGCACGCCUACAUCAACGCCAAGCUCGCCGCCGCCUCGUCGUCCUCCGCCCGGCGGCGCGCGGCGGAGACUUCGCCGGCUGAGUCGUCGGCGUUCGCGAUGCCGCUGACGUCGGGGGCGUACACGGGCACGGGGCAGUACUUCGUGCGGCUCCGCGUGGGCACCCCCGCGCAGCCCUUCGUGCUCGUGGCCGACACCGGCAGCGACCUCACCUGGGUCAAGUGCAGCAGCCCUUCGUCUUCGUCUUCGUCUCCGGCCGCGUCACCGCCGCAGAGGGUGUUCCGGCCGGCGGGGUCCAAGUCGUGGUCACCUCUCCCGUGCGACUCCGACACCUGCAAGUCCUACGUCCCCUUCUCCCUCGCCAACUGCUCCUCCCCUCCCGACCCCUGCUCUUACGACUACAGGUACAAGGACAACUCGUCGGCGCGCGGCGUGGUCGGCCUGGACUCAGCAACGGUGUCGCUCUCCGGCAACGACGGCACCCGAAAGGCGAAGCUCCAGGAGGUGGUGCUGGGCUGCACGACCUCCUACGACGGGCAGAGCUUCAAGUCAUCCGACGGCGUGCUCAGCCUGGGCAACAGCAACAUCUCCUUCGCGUCCCGCGCCGCGUCGCGCUUCGGCGGCCGCUUCUCCUACUGCCUCGUCGACCACCUCGCCCCUCGCAACGCCACCUCCUUCCUCACCUUCGGCAACGGCGACUCCUCCCCCGGCGACGACUCCUCUUCGCGGAGGACGCCGCUGGUGCUGCUGGAGGACGCCCGGACGCGGCCAUUCUACUUCGUGUCCGUGGACGCGGUCACCGUGGCCGGGGAACGCCUGGAAAUCCUCCCGGACGUGUGGGACUUCCGCAAGAACGGGGGAGCCAUCCUCGACUCCGGCACGAGUCUCACGAUCCUGGCAACCCCGGCGUACGAUGCGGUCGUGAAAGCCAUUAGCAAGCAGUUUGCCGGCGUGCCACGGGUGAACAUGGACCCGUUCGAGUACUGCUACAACUGGACCGGGGUUUCGGCCGAGAUCCCGAGGAUGGAGCUGCGGUUCGCCGGCGCCGCGACGCUGGCACCGCCGGGGAAGAGCUACGUGAUCGACACGGCGCCCGGGGUGAAGUGCAUCGGGGUUGUGGAAGGGGCGUGGCCUGGCGUGUCUGUGAUCGGCAAUAUCCUGCAGCAGGAGCACCUCUGGGAGUUCGACCUUGCUAACCGCUGGCUCCGGUUCAAGCAGUCCCGCUGCGCCCAUUAGGCAAUUGAUGCAGCAGGCCCGUGAUAUAUACAUGUAGUGACAGGCUUUUUACCCGGCUUGUCGUCUCGCAGGUUUUGCAAGGCUCUGAUGAUCGUUAACUGUUAAUGAAAUGGGGGCGAUGGUUUCUGAAAAAAGUUGUGUCUGAUGCGACGAGAAAUUCCUGAAAAUCAAGAUGUGUCAGCACAGUGAGAAAUUAAGACUCCAUCGUACAGAAAAAAGGCUAAUAAAAUGUAACAUGACAUCUGUACAUUCCAUGAAGAAUGCCGCAAGAAGAAACGGUUAGAAACUACAUAACCCAUUUUGUUGCAAAACCUGCUAAUACAGGCAACUGUUC